UCGCAUUAAACGAGAAUAAUUUGAGUGACGCAAUACACGAAUUUCGAUACCAUUUUUCAAGGAUUCGUCAACAUUUCUGAAGCUCACGAAGUAAUUAAUAGUUUAAAUCCUCCUAAUCCAUUGGAAUCUGGUGUGAAUCGGAAACUGGUGAUACGAAAUGGACAACGAAAAGAAACGAGUAGCAACUGAAGUAGAGUUCAAUGAAAAACCAUUUGAGCCAGCAAAUUCAGACAAAGUAAUGAUCGAAUCAGGCAAUCAGUCGGAUGAUUGCGUUGACGUCAAAGAUGAACGACAAAUCAAGGAAGAGCCACAGUCAGUCGUUGAAUUAGUUGAUGUUCCUGCUUCGGUAUGGAAUAAUUGUGGCGUUGUACACACAAUUGAUGUCAAUCAACCGAAUGGUGAAUACGAGUUUGACAGUCUCAAUUGCGACGAUAUCAAAAUCAAAGUAAAGGAAGAAACCGACAAGAAAGAGGAAAAACAAUCGAAGACAAAUUUUGAUUCAGCGAAUGAUUCAAUGGGAAUGAUGUACGAUCAUAAGCAGCUAGCACCACUGAACGACGAACACUUCUUACUGCCCGAGAAAGGCCAUGAAUCGUGCAACAAAAACAUUCGCUAUGCAAUUGGUGGUCUGAAAAAUGUGUCGAAGAAGCAUAAAUGUAACUUGUGUGAAUAUGCCUCCAAGCGAAGAUCUGACUUGACGCAACAUAUGAACAAACACACUGCCAAAAAGCCAGCCGUUUUGCAUUUUAUGUGAUUGAACUAGUCAAUCUACAUGACAAUAAUUUCCAAUAACUUUGACAUUUUCAUCUCAUCCUUUUUCAUGACAAAAUUGA